AAACCAAAUGAUUUUAUUCAUCUAAUUUUAGCCCUAUCCUAUUUUGGAGAUGGGGGUUUCCCCUAAUAUUUACGUGAAUUCGUUUUUCCUCUUCGUGUCUCGUGUAAUCGGAGUUGCAUCUGUGUUCAGAUUUCAGAUUGUUUUCACAUCUGCUAAGUGAGAUUUUACCUUGAGAUUGAAAGUUCUCGAAGUAUUUCACUACUAUGUCUUUGCAGUUUUACUUCAGUAUUACCGAAGAUGAAAAGAAAAUAUUUAAUGUUAAAGAAGCCACUCUAAAAAUAGCUGCUAAAGAUGUUACAUCUGCCUACAGUCCUACAUCUCUAAUGGGAGGAUCCACUUUUUUGGACUACAAUAUUCCACGAAACAGAUGUGCGUACUUAUACAAAUACGCAGCUAUACACACGGGACUUGUUUUUAAAUAUUUUACAGAAAUGUUGGACCUCACGUCCGCAAAAGCAGUUUUGGAUUUCAAAAAGGACAUUAAAAUCUGUUGUUUGGGAGGUGGACCAGGUACUGAUAUAGUGGGUAUAUGCAAAGCUCUUGCAGCUUUCCCGUCAUUUUAUAAAAAAGUUACUCAAGUUACAGUUUUAGAUUUAUGUGGAGGAUGGCGGAAUUCUUUCAAGCAUAUUAUAUCAAGGUUGAGGCAUGGAAAAGUAGAAGGUGUUCCAGUGUCAUUUAUUAACAGCUCAGAUUUCAAAGCAGAUUUGAUGGCAGUGAACCUCUUGGAGCCUUUACCUGCAAGUAUUGUAAAAGUGAUUUCCAAUGCUGACAUCAUAUGCAUGGUGAAGUUUGUUUCUGCAAUAAUAGGGAAGCAGGAAUCUGUAAACGCCUUAAAGGUUAUUGGAAAUCAUAUGAAACUUGGAGCUUCCGUUCUCUUCAUCGAUAAUGUUUGUGAUAGAGUUUCUGGUGCAGUAAAAAUGAUUUCUGAGCAAUGUGGUUUCAGUAAUGUUCUUGGUCCUUUGCAUGGAAGUUAUAAAUAUGCCAAUACAAAAACUAAGAAGGAUAUUUAUGGUUGUUUACCUUGUUGUAAAAUCAAAGUCUCUGUGAUCGGCUGGAUGAAAACCGCUUCCCUUCAAAUUGAUUUAAGCAAUUACAGAAAUUUUGUACCUGUUAAUAGUGCUGGUGAAGACGAAGACAGCUGGAAUACAGAAAGUGAUAGUGACGAUGAUGUCCCCACAAAUAUGAUAUUAAAGAAUUCAAAAACUCGAAACAAAUUUUUGUCCAAAACCAUCUGUGAUAAAUUUACACAAACAGCUGAAAGUUAUUUAAAUACUUCCAAGAGUGGCAUUGAUCAUAAUUUAGAUGAAAGUGAAAUAAGUGAUUUGUGUAGUUUGAUGGAAUCUGUAAAUAAUUUGUUAGUAGUUAUGGAAAAUUUUAAAACAUAUAAAAGCAGCAGAAAAUGUUGCUCUUCACAUUCUUGUGAAUCUCAUUGCCAUGUGUGAUAUUUUUUUUACAUUACUUUAUUUAUUUAUAUUGAUAAAUGUGAUCUUAAAUAUAUUGCUGCAAAGCAAAUUUUAAUUUAUUUUAUAUAAAUGCUCAGAUAUUGAAACCAGUUGGGUAUAUCCAUCAGUUUU